CUACAGUAAAGCUGGUGCACAGCAGCAGGUAUUAAGCGUGUUGCAGUGAUGGGAGCGAUGGAGGUUUUUCUCCAGUCAUUCAGCCCAGUUUCAGUUUUGGGGUCUGUGGUUUUAAUCCUCAUUGGGUUUCACUUUUUCCUCUCCAAGUCCAGGCCUCAGGGCCACAGACAGGGACCACCAGGACCAAAACCCCUUCCCAUCAUUGGCAACCUGCUGCAGCUGGAUGUUAAGAGACUUGACCAAGCAUUCCUGAAGCUUUCUAAGACGUAUGGAUCUGUGUUCACUGUCCACAUGGGACCAAAGAAGACAGUGGUCCUCACAGGGUAUAAGACGGUGAAAGAAGCAUUUGUCAGUUAUGCUGAGGAGUUUGGAGAACGGGUAGCAUCCACCGUGACUAAAGAAGCAAACCUGCAUCACGGUAUUGUAUGGGCCAAUGGAGACUCCUGGAAGGAAAUGCGCCGCUUUGCUUUGACCAACCUGAAGGACUUUGGGAUGGGAAAGAGAGUAUGUGAGGAGAAAAUCAUUGAGGAAUGUCACAUCCUCAUCCAGAAGUUAAAGGAGUUUAAAGGUGAAGCUUUUGAUUUGUCCCAACAUAUGAACAAUGCAGUUUGUAAUGUAAUCUGCUCCAUGGUUUAUGGCAAAAGAUUUGAAUAUGAUGAUCUAGAGUUCACUAAUGUUGUAAAUCGAACAACCCAAGGCCUUCAACUGUUGGGCUCACCAGCAAUAAAGCUGUACAACAUGUUCCCAAAGAUUGGCAAGCUGGUGUUUUCAGCCAGAAAGAAAAUGAGCGAUAUAUUUGCUGCCAAUAAACAACAUCAUCUGAUGCUGCUGAACCGUUUGAAAGAGACUCUCAGUCCACAGAUGUGCAGAGGAGUUGCAGAUGCUUUCCUCAUCCGUCAACAGCAACUCAAGGAAUCUGGGAUCACCGACAGUCACUACCACAACGACAACCUGCUGGUGACUAUUAUGAACCUGUUCAGCGCCGGAACUGAAACAACAUCAAGUACACUGAGAUGGGCAUUCCUGUUUAUGGCCAAAUAUCCAAAAAUACAAGACCAGGUCCGGCAGGAGCUGAGGAAUGUGAUCGGAAGUCGCCAGGUUCAGGUUGAGGACAGACAGAACCUGCCUUUUACAGACGCCGUCAUCCACGAGAUACAGAGAAUGGCCAACAUUCUUCCUCUGGCUAUUUCUCACAGAACUAGCCAAGACAUCACGUUUCAUGGUUAUUUUAUUGAGAAGGGAACUCCAGUAAUUGCUGUUUUAACGUCCGUCCUGCAAGAUGAGAGCGAAUGGGAGAAACCGAACGUCUUUUAUCCAGGCAACUUCCUCAGCAAAGAUGGGAAGUUCCUCAAGCGAGACGCCUUCCUGCCUUUUUCAGCAGGUCGCAGGGUUUGCCUUGGAGAGAGUCUGGCCAGAAUGGAGCUUUUCAUCUUCUUCGCCACGCUCCUGCAGCACUUCCGAUUUUCUCCUCCACCUGGAGUUACAGAGGAAGAACUCGAUCUAACUCCACGAGUUGGUGGUACUCUGAACCCUCAACCUCACACGCUCUGUGUUAUCCCUUUAAAUUAAGGAGGAGCCUACAGUAUAUGUGAAAAAAAUGGUACUUUAUACCUAACAGAAAUCAAAGUAAAUGUCCUAAAAUAGAGAAAAAUUGUUUUUAAUGUGAAAUCUUUACUCCACAAAUAUCCACCAUCAAUCACCAUCACCAUGUAUUCAGAUGUUUUGUAUCUUCAUCAAGUCAAAGUCAUUACUUGUGGACAAGCUAAGCUAACUUUCAAUGACAUUUUGUGCUGUGAAAUGAAUGAUGGUUAUGCUGGACCUCCAGCCUUGUACGAGUCAAACUGCAGGAGUUUCAUGUAUAACUGCUGAAUCAACAAUCCACUGCAUUUAAAACAAUUUGAUUCCAUCAGUAGGAAGAGGAGGAGUUUCAGGAAAGAAAGUCUGUGAUGGAAAACUUAAAACUCUGGAGCCAAGACAAACACACCCUCGCUGUAGCAUCGCUGCAUCAGGACAGGAUCUGUCUUUCACUCGUUGUUCGUUUGGGCGACAUCAGCAAAACCUGAAACCUAAAAAUCGAUUCUACAAAAGGUCAUGGAUAUUCAAUUCAGUCAAAUUAUAGAGCAUUGCUUCAUCAAAAUAAAGUUGUGUCUUUGCGCUGUGAAAUAAUACCUGGAAUGCAUACAAAGUGUCAAUUAGUGUAAAUUAAUCUUCAUUCAUUUAGAGCUUAGUACAAUCCCUGGUCUUUACAUAUUCAUACAAAUUACUAUAGAUCUUUCUAUGGGUUAUUUCAUCUUUUAUUCCUUAAAUCUGUGUUAGGUAAAACUAAUUAACACUCUCCAAAUGUAUUUGUCUGAACAGACGGUUACUUGAUUUUGUGUGUUUAUAGUAAAAUUCAAAACAAAAAGGUUAAUAAAAAUGUUUUAUGUUCUACAAAGUAAAUUGAAGAAUGUCUGUUAAUGUAGUUAAAAUCUUUACAUUUCAGAGAAGAGGACAUCUUUCCCAAUCUGUUUUUCAUUCAGUCCUGCCAAGAAUAACUUACUUCUCCUCCUAUAUUUAACCUAGGCAAAGUUGUUCUUUCAGGUCCAGUAGCUCAAACAUUAGUGAGAGAAUCUGUUUGCAUAAGAGCUUUACUAAGAAAUGAUGAAAUGCCUAAGAUGUACAGUACAUACCUAUUAAAAUUUAACAUUGAGUAAUA